AUGUUUUCCUCUACAUCCAAUACCCGAAGUCGCCUGAGGCGCUCCAUGUCCACCCGCUCCAUACAGAAGCGGCAGACCGAUGUGAUUCCAGAAGUCGCCAUGCAGCAUGCCGCAGCAGCCGCGUCCAAGGCGAUGCGGUCAAAGGAAAGUUCUUCUCGGGAGUCCACAGCCUUUUACGAUCGGCCAGGGGGGCCAGCUAACAUUGCCGUCCCACGGAGACGUCCUGGUUCGAGCCUUCGAUAUGAAGAUAACAAUUCGAGAUGCCAAGAUUCCCCUGCCUUCUCAACACCAUGUGAUCCAAGGAAGACCAUGAGAUCGUCCGCAACAAACAACCGACAUGAUGACCCAGCCGUCCUUCCCCCAAUCACAGAGCCCAAAGGACUCGAUGGGCGAGACAGCUCUGUGCCCUCCUCCUACCGCCGAUUACGCAAGGCCAAAUCAAUGUUCGCGACAAGACCACGGACUUCUCAGACUCCUUAUGGUGUUCCUCCCCUCCCCUGUGGAGAUCCGUUGGAUCCCGAGCGCAGUCCUGGUUUCCAGCUCCCAAGGACAUUGAGACCCUCGAUGUCCUUCAUUCGGGGAAAUAAAUCGCAAGCCGGUACGAGCGUUGGAACUCAUGAUGCUGCUGUCCAGCUGGGACGGAGUCAGUUCUUACAAGAUCCGUGCGACACAAGUACUCGACAUCGCCGACCGUCUUUCUUACUCGGGCGAAAAAAAGAUCACAGGCCCUUCAGAAAGUCAUUCCGUGCUGCAAGCGAGCCCCUGAGUGAGAGUUCCACUUCUCAGUCUCGGUCUAUCUCAAGCUCCAUAAAAACGAGGUUGAAACGGGUCUUUGGGUUCUCCAAGGCUAUGGGGCCACAGUCGACGUUGCGCAACGAUUCGAACUGUCUGGAUGCCGCUGCGGCGGUAGAUCUGGACGUUGAUGGUCAUCACCGCAAUGGCCCAGAGGAUGAGCGCCCCCCUACCUCGAACUCAUUCCGAGAAUUGCCACGGCCUCCUAGUAGUGCCAGUGUCUGCACUUCCCAAUCACGCGUGACUAGCUGGGCAGACUCUACCAUUGCAAACACUGUCGCAACCCGGAAGCCUGUACACCGGCAGUCGCUCUCUGUGGUCAGGGAGGAGGGGGAUGGAGCCUCCGAUUCUCGCCUGCCGCGCACACCUUCGAAGAACGAUGUCGAAGAUUUGAUACCCCCCGCCCUCAGACCGAGCCCUCACCAUGUUGGUGUCGUCGAUAGCCAGGAUUUAUACUAUGCCUUGAUGGAACAGAUGGGCCGCAAUACUCUUUCUGAUCCCAAUGAAGUAGUAUUUGGCAGUGUUGCAAAGCACCGUGUGAUUCCAGAGCGAUCUGACUCUAUCAUCUCACAAAAGGGAAAGAGACAGACGGUUCGUCCCGUGCGAAGCAUGUCAAGUUCACCUGGGUCUUUCGCGACUGCACUUUGUGGGAAUCAGUCAAGCUCACACAGGUUUCCCCCGCCGUCUGCAUUCAUUGGAAGUGAGUCUUCGGAUGGUGAGAGUGAUAGCAUCAUCGUCAACCGUUCUCGUGAUCCCAGAAGAGACGUUGUUUCUCCGAGCAUCUACUCUCGAACUACCGGUGAAAAUACACCAGUCAAACUUGGCUCAGCCGACACACUUGAUAUAGGUAUGCAUGUCGAACCAGGAACCGCGACCAUAUUUGCUCCUCAGCGAACCGUUUAUGUUUCACCCAAGCGUGCUGCUAGGGUAUUAUCUCCCAGGCUCUGUGUGAACCCGAGUGGAGACUGGCAACAAUGGAUUAGCUCACAGGUUGACAAGAUUGAGCCGGCAAGCCCCUUGAGAGAACACGUCAGGGAAGAAGCGCAGUUUCGAGAGGAUGACGAGGACCUGGUUAAUCAGGCACGACGGACAACUCGCAUUCCAUCAGCUUCUGUGUCUUGCCUUUUAGAAACGUCCGGAAGCGAGCAGAACAGCAUGCCUGGCGCCAUCGCUGAAGCCCGAUUGCCUUCACAAAACAGUUUCCCUCGCCCCUUCAGGUAUCUCUCCAACACUGAUGCUAUCUUACCCUUACAGACAAAGAGGGUGGAGGACCCGAAGCAGACUCUUUUCGGUGAUUCCAUCAAGGAUCGGGUGGUUCACAUAGGCGAGAAUGUAUCACCGAAGCUCAUCCCUUCAGUCCGACUUCAAGGCUUGUCGCCGAUUCGACUCAGGUCUGGAAACAUGCAGCCUCCUGAAUCCCCAACCCCAAGACGAGUGGGCUCAAGGCGCUCUUUGACGAAGGAGCAGCAACGUCGCUAUUCUGCCAGACGCGCACCAAUCUCGCAAGAUGGUAGAGUGAAACAGUUCCGAUCGAUGCGCACCCAACGUGACUUCCACGCCAACGAUGAGAACCAAAGGCAACAAGAUGAGUACAAUGACAUGAUGGAGAGCUAUCACCAACUUCAGGAUAUUCAUUCCACGAUCUCCAGUAAGCGCAUGGUGGAUCUGUUCUUGGACAGUCGGCGGCGCCGAAUGGGUGAGCCUACUGAUGGCAAAGCAUCGACCGAAGCCUUUCUCUAA